GAUUCUUCGAUUUCAGUUCGCCAAAUUUCAACUUAAAACAAAACUCGAGAGAAAACCUACCCUUUCCUCUUUUCCUUCUCGAAAAUUUCUGUGUCUCUUUCGUGGAAAUUUCUCUUUCCUAUUAGAUCGCCUCUAAACUUUGGUCCUCGCCCAACUCAUCAGUACUCAAUAUUCUUGUGGGAUAUUACAGAAGGGAUUAUAUCAUAAUCAAUUUCAAAAAGGGUGGGAUAAAAAGUGUGUUUUUUUGUGGGAUUUGCUAUGGCUGAUGGGUUGACUGUGAUUCCAGCAUCGGUUCUCCGUAACCUCUCAGAUAAGCUCUAUGAAAAGCGCAAAAAUGCUGCUCUCGAGGUGGAAGGGAUAGUGAAGCAAUUGGCCGCAGCUGGAGAUCAUGAUAAAAUUACUGCGGCUAUCAAUUUUUUGGCUAAUGAAUUUACUUAUUCACCUCAGGCAAACCAUCGCAAAGGAGGAUUAAUAGGAUUGGCAGCAGCUACAGUGGCUUUGUCUUCGGAAGCAUCACAACAUCUCGAGCAAAUUGUACCACCAGUCCUAAAUUCCUUUUCUGAUCAAGAUAGCAGAGUUCGUUAUUAUGCAUGUGAAGCUCUGUAUAACAUUGCAAAGAUUGUGAGGGGAGAUUUUAUAGUGUUCUUCAAUCAGAUUUUUGAUGCUCUGUGUAAGCUUUCAGCUGACUCGGAUGCCAAUGUACAGAAUGCUGCUCAUCUUUUGGAUAGACUCGUAAAGGACAUUGUGACAGAGAGCGAUCAGUUCAGCAUUGAAGAAUUUAUACCAUUGUUGAGAGAACGAAUGAGUGUCCUAAACCCAUUUGUGCGACAAUUUCUGGUAGGAUGGAUUACUGUUCUUGACAGUGUCCCGGAUAUAGAUAUGCUGGGCUUUCUUCCUGAUUUUCUUGAUGGCUUAUUUAACAUGCUAAGUGAUUCCAGCCAUGAAAUAAGGCAACAAGCAGACUCAGCACUCUCAGAAUUUCUUCAAGAAAUAAAAAACUCUCCAUCUGUAGAUUAUGGUCGCAUGACUGAAAUACUGGUCCAGAGGGCAGCGUCGCUUGAUGAGUUUACUCGAUUGACUGCUAUUACUUGGAUUAAUGAGUUUGUGAAACUUGGUGGUGAUCAACUUGUUCCUUAUUAUGCUGAUAUUCUUGGGGCCAUUCUACCUUGCACGUCAGACAGAGAAGAGAAAAUAAGAGCUGUUGCUCGUGAGACAAAUGAUGAACUUCGUGGAAUCAAGACUGAUCCAACAGAAGGAUUUGAUGUAGGUGCAAUCCUCUCGGUAGCAAGGAGGCAUUUGUCUAGUGAAUUGGAGACAACACGUAUUGAAGCACUGAACUGGAUAUUAACCCUUCUAAAUAGACAUCGAACAGAGGUUCUGUCUUUUCUCAAUGACAUUUUCGACACCCUUCUGAAGGCACUUUCUGAUCGUUCUGAUGAGGUAGUGCUUCUGGUACUUGAUGUCCAUGCAUGCAUAGCCAAAGAUGACAAACAUUUCCACCAUCUGAUUGUUUAUUUAGUUCAGAAUUUUCGGGUGGACCACUCUCUGCUGGAAAAACGUGGUGCUCUAAUAAUUCGCCGACUCUGUGUGCUGUUGCACGCUGAAACAGUUUAUCGGAAGCUUUCCACAAUUCUGGAAGGAGAAUCUGAUUUGGAUUUUGCAUCUAUUAUGGUUCAGGCAUUGAAUUUAAUUUUGCUCACUUCCACCGAGUUGUCUGACCUACGUGACCUCCUGAAACAAUCAAUGUUCAAUGAUGCUGGCAAGAAAUUAUUUCUUUCGUUAUAUGCUUCAUGGUGCCAUUCACCAGGGGCUAUAAUAAGCCUUUGCCUAUUAGCUCAAAUUGUUUUGCAGACUUAUCAGCACGCUUGUUCCAUUAUCCAAUCACUGGUUGAGGAAGAUAUUAAUGUUAAGUUUUUGGUCCAGUUGGACAAACUGAUCCACCUUGUGGAGACUCCUACAUUUGCGUACCUUAGGUUACAGCUUCUUGAACCUCAAAGAUAUAUGUGGUUGCUCAAAGCUUUGUAUGGUCUUCUGAUGCUGCUUCCUCAGCAAAGUCUAGCCUUCAAGAUUCUCAGGACUCGUUUAAAAACUGUACCUCCAUACUCCUUCAGUGGUGAACAAAUAUCAUCAGGAAGUGCACUAUUGGAGGCUAAUUACAUGGGAAUAUCACAAAUUUCAGAGGAUGGUGAUCCAUUUCAUGAUUCACCUAAUGUGUACAAUGGCAUAAACUUUAUUUCAAGGCUGCAGCAGUUUAAGCACAUUCAGCAGCAGCAUCAUAUGCAUUCUAAAUUGCAGGCACAGUCUCGCUGCAAUUCUUCAUCUGCAAAGGAGGUUCAAAGACCAGAAGAUCCAGAACAACCUUCAUUGGCGCCGGAUAAUAGCUUGCCUCCAUCAAGAUCCUCGCGCAGAGGUCCCGGACAGUUACAACUUUAACUGUUUUCCUCUCUCAUUGAGGUUAAUUAUACAGUGACUUCAGUAUUCAAGCCCGGUGACGUCUGGUAAAAUUGUAAAUUGUAUAUCAUCAGGAGCUUUGCCCUGUUGAAUCCUCGAAGGACAGGGGACGGUGGAUAGUGGGUUUGAAACCAAGAUGUUCUUUAUUCUCAUGGAUGGAGGAGGUACCCAUAUGGUUAUGUUAUUUUUAUUGAAAAACCAUAUGGGCAAGAGGCAGUAGAUACUUGGUUCAGGUUAUUACAAGUUUGUUCAUGUUAUUUAUUUAUAAUUAUUAUUCAUCUAUCACAACAAUUACAAUAAAAAUAGUAUUCGUGUAUUGUCUGUAGGGACUACUUUCUUGUUUCUUCCUUGUCUUCUCGUCUUGUUUAGUUUUGAACGUUUGCACCUUUGCUAUCACUUUUGAUAUCUCCAGAGAGCAAACUGGCACGGACAAUGUAUAUAAUAAUGAUUGAAGUAAUAAAAUCAAGCUUUUGAUGAA